GUAAUAGAACAGCCUUAACUACGCCGAGAAGUGUCAGUCAGUGAAAUUUUAGCCAUGUUUCGGGCUUUUAAUGUGGCCAUUGAGUUAAGCGGAUUUGUCGUGGACAUGUGAGUGGCCUGUUUGCUGUAACAUGGAGCGAGGUGUGCUGGUAACGAGGAAUGGCUACCCCGUGUACACGCGCUACACUUACUCGCUUUCUACACAACUUUAAACGUCUUGUCGGACCGAAAUGAAAUGCUUGCUUUCCGAGAUAAGGAAUCGGGUGUUUAUUAUUGUGGGGAGAAUUGGCUCCCGUGUGCAUGUGUACAGCAGCUCCACGACGAGUUGAAGUGGCAACCGGAUUUUAUUACAGUGUUAAUAUAAUACGAAGGAUAUAAAACAAAAAAAGUAAAGAAAAAAAGAAAAGCAUUAACCGAAAAAAAUAUUUUGCAUAUUUGAAUGUGAGUUGGUACCAGAAAGUGAAUCGCAUGUGUAAUAUAACAGUGCUAAACUAUAGCUUCUGGAUGGGACAGCAUCAGGACUGUCAUCGGACAGAUGUAGGCGCAGAGAGGCUGGUGUGAUAACCUGACUGAAGAGCGGACUGGCCUCUGUACGGCACGGCGCCGCGAAUCAUCAUGGUAGUGGAGCACACGGGCAUCUUGUUGUUGAUACUGAGCUGUAUGGUGACCGGAGCGACCACUUCCAUCACGUCCCCCCAGGAGCCAGACCCGAGCCACGACUCACCAGACACGCCCCUGCCACAGCAAACCAUCAGCGAGAAAGAUAAAAACGAGGCUAUCCAAGCGUUCGAGACCAGUUUAUUGAACCUCUUCGGUUUAAGUUCUCGGCCCAAACCCAGCAGAAAGUCAACAAUACCGCAGUACAUGCUGGAUAUGUAUGCCCGCCAGCUGCACGAGUUAGACGGACUGAGCCUGAACGCCUUUGUGACUGGACCGGGUACCAGCAAUGCCAACACAGUCCGCAGCUUCCUUCAUGCAGAGAGUGAAGCCGAGGAAUCAGGAGAUCAGCUGCCCGAAAAGUCCAUCAAGUUUAACGUUACCUCAAUUCCUGAGCACGAAGAGUUGACGUCGGCCGAGCUGCGUCUGUACCGGAAGGAGUUGAAAGACUUGCAAUCCUCCCUUCAGUUAGAAGGGAAUACCUCUGUGAAAUGUUUGAAACUUCGCAUAGAAGUUCACGAAGUGAUAAAACCAGCUCGGCGCGGCCGGGAAUCUAUGACUCGUCUGAUCGAUGUGAAGACAGUAGAUGUUCGGAAUAGUUCCUGGGAAUCUUUUGACGUUCACCCAGCAGUAUUAAAAUGGAAGCAGUUUCCUCACUUGAAUCACGGCCUGGAGGUCCGAGUCCAGGCCAGGAGUCCCGCCCUGACGGACCGACGUAAGGACAUUAACAACCAUGUCAGGUUACGGCGCUCCGCCACCAACUCCCAGGACGAGUGGCAUUCUCAGAGACCGCUACUCGUCACCUAUAGCGACGACGGCAGGUCGCCAAGAACUCGUAGGAGCAAUCGUAGGCGAGCCAGGAGUCGCCAUUCGAGGAGGAAAGCGCGCCGAAAUCAGUGUAGGCGACAUGCUCUCUAUGUAGAUUUUAGUGACGUCGGUUGGAAUGACUGGAUAGUGGCGCCACCCGGUUACCAGGCCUACUAUUGCCACGGCGAGUGUCCAUUUCCUCUAGCUGACCAUUUAAAUUCCACAAACCAUGCAAUUGUGCAAACACUGGUCAAUUCAGUAAAUCCUGCCGCUGUACCAAAAGCAUGUUGUGUGCCAACGGAACUAAGUCCUAUUUCAAUGUUAUAUUUGGAUGAAUAUGAUAAAGUUGUGUUAAAAAAUUAUCAAGACAUGGUUGUGGAAGGUUGUGGAUGCCGGUAAUGCGGAGAUUCGUCAUCGGACAGUCCGUACACAAAGUACUGAUGUAGACUAUAGUCUAUGCAAAGAACAAGGUCACGUGCCAGGCGUCUCUGCGACUCUCCUCCAGACCUGGUGAAGGGCCCAAUCCCCACAGAGCUGACCCGGGGCACACAAAAGUACCUUCUUGUCUAGACCUGUCCCUGAAGCAGAUGACACCGACAGCAUGGGACGCCGAGUACUCAGUCAUUGCUUGGGGUGACGGAAACCAAAUCGUCCGUUGUUCUGUGAGUGCUGUUCCAUAGUGGUGCAACUAGGAUGUCGUACCCUAAAAUGUCCAACUUCUGUGACCACUGGGUGCUACGUUCUGUCGCCAGAGGAAACAGUGCUUGAGAGCGAGUGUGCCCCAUUGGAUAUCACGUACAGUCACUAGUGGGUAACACAGUAGUGGUCAUCGGAUGCCACGAUCUGUCGGAUGAGGACCUGUUGGCAAGGUUGAUGUCAUGGCGGGCCCCUAACGCACUGGGGCAAGAGAAGUGGACAAAGGACAUCCCGUAUGUCCAGAACGUUCGGCCGUUAAUCUAUACCUCGCUUCUGUGUUAAACAGAAUAAGUAUCAAUGUAAAUUAUGUAUUUGUAAGUGGAAAUGUGUGUUGUGUGAUGGCACAAUGGAGAACUAAAACUUCCAGUCAAAGUUUUUGAGGACAUGCCCGGAUGAUAUCGCUGAAUGAGGCACUGGCAUGUUGUCACGGGUAUGAUGCCCCAGUGCGCAUGUGUAGUGCCUGGGUGAGGCAUGUGUAUGUUUUGCUCGCAUAGAGCAUGGGGAGGAAAUGCCGGGAUGUAGUAGUGCGUGCAUGAAGUGCCAGGAUGUGGCACAAGAUGACGGACGUAUCUACGAUGAUUUAUUUAUCAUUAGGAUAAACACUAUGUUUUGACUGUAUACUUCAGUAGUUCGAUCUUAUCACUUCCUUGUAAAUUUAGUGCUAACGUUCAAUCCCAGGUUACUAUAGUGUCACGAGCUCAACAAGUCACGUGAUUGUUGUGACAUGUAGUGGUGAGAAGAGGCCGGUUAAUUUAUAUUUAUACGAUGUACGCUAUAGCAGAACUUUUUACCAGACAAGUGAAAUUUUGUACAUAUUUUAUAAAUAUUUUAACAAGAGGACGUGAGUUACAUUUUAUGGUUGUAUUGUAGUGUUGAAUGAUUGUAAAUGGUGAUGUACAAAAAGAUUGAGUUUUAUUCCUGUAGAUAUGAUUACUGGAUGUUUCCUGACAUGGAACGUGUUUUCUCUUUUCAUCCUUUCUGAUAUUAGGGUUCAACAUUUCUUUUAAACUUAAACUUUUAGGCUUUCGGGAUGUACUUUAAUAAAUUGUCUAAGAUCUGUUUCCUUUUAAAUUCUGUUUACAUCUGUGCAGCUUUUUCCCACAGUCCAUUGACGCUUUCAAUUUUAAACUUGACCCUCUUACAAAGCUCUUAGAGCAGUGAUGUUUCUGUUUACACCGUCGCUGAACUUUACUCAAUGUUUCCAGCAUCAGCCUGGCACAUAAUCUCAGUCCGUCUUAAAGCAUUUAGCAUUUCCCCUCCAAUCUGUGUUUCUAUUAGCAUUGUAAUAUGCCUGGCCAGUUGAUCUGUCGUUGGUCAAACUGCCCUUACGUUGGUAUUAUGA